AUGGAGGAGUUAUGCAGUCAGUUCAAGGUUAAUUCCACUCCUCAUCACCCUAAGAUGAAUGGGGCAGUGGAAGCAGCCAACAAAAAUAUCAAAAAGAUUCUUGAAAAAAUGUCGGUCACUUAUAGAGAUUGGCAUAAAAUGCUGCCUUUCGCAUUAUAUGGAUAUAGAAUAUCAGGGACAACUCCCCUUUCACUAGUGUAUGGUUUCGAAGCAGUUUUACCUGUUGAAGUUGAUGUGCCAGGGUGGCAUGAAUUAGAGGUUAAGUAUACAUCAGCAACUAUGGGAACUGCAGCCUACAAUUGUGUUCCUGUCACCACAUUCUUCUUUGCUCUUAUGUCAAGGACGAAGAAAGUAAAUUUAAAGAAAGCAAGUGGAAUAGCCAAGGUUGGAGGCUCAAUAUUGUGCAUUGCUGGUGUUACCGUUCUUGCUUUUUACAAAGGCCCUCGCUUGGGUUUUGAGAAGUUGUCCAUCUCCGCUUGUGGUAUAACAUUUGGACAGACAUUUACAAGUGCCAUUCAAUCAUUUUUUAUGGCUAUUGCAAUUGAAAGAAAUCCUUCUCAAUGGAAGUUGGCUUGGAACAUUUCCCUAGCUGCUAUACUUUAUUGCGGAAUUUUUGUGAUACCCAUUGGAACCUGUUUGUCAAGUUGGGUGGUAAAAAAGAAAGGUCCAGUUUUCCAAGCUGUUACCACACCUUUUAAUCUCAUUUUCACACUUAUUCGUUCAGAACAUAUUAUUAGAAUUAGCUUGGGCAGCAUAAUUGGUGCUGUAUUACUGGUCUUGAGCCUUUAUAGUAUUAUGUGGGGAAAAAAGAAAGAAGCGAGCCAUCUUGAUACAGAAAACACCACGAAUUCUAUUUUAAUUCAUGCAUAA